AUGAAAUUAGUGGUGUUAAUUGUUUUUAUAUUAUUUAUUUGUACUUUUAUUAAUAGUUCAACUGAUAUCAAUGAAGAUGUGGUUGAAACUUUAACUGCUACCACCAAACAACCGGAUUCACAAAAUUCUUUUGAUCUUGAAAAGAUUAAAGAGUCAAUUAGGAAUAGAAAAAAGAUAUUUAAAAUUGAUCAAAUUUCGUCAAAUCAUACAUUAAUUAGAGAGGCUUUAAUUCAAAGAGGUUAUGCUGAAAGUAAAUCAAUAUCAAGAGGAUUUGAUAUUAAAUGGAGUUGGUGUUGGGAAAUGUUAGGAGUAAGAAAUAAAGAUCAAAUUGUAAAUCAUUUUAUAAAUCAUGAUGAAAUUGGAUCAAAAUCAGGUUUAACAAAAAAUAUGAAUAAAUUAUAUCAAAAUGGAGAUAAAGAAUUAAAAGAUGAAAUUUCUAAAAUAUUCCCAAGAUCAUAUAUUUUAUCAAACCCAUUAGAAAAGAAAGCAUUUAUAAAGGAUUUCAAUAGAUUAAAAAAUAAUAAUAAUAAUAAUAAUAAAAUUAAAAAUAAUAAUGAAAAAUUAGUUGGAAUUUCAAAUGAUGAAUUAUUAAAUUUUAAUAAUCAUUAUGGUGAAAAUAUAAUUUCAACAACAACAACAACAACAACCAAUGAAAAAGAAAUAAUAUUAGAAAAUGAUAAAGAAGAAUUAAUAAUUUAUCCAAUUCAAAAUCAUAUUGAUGGUAAUAAAAAUAUUUGGAUUUGUAAACCAAGUGCAAAUGCAAGAGGAGUUGGUAUUAGAAUUUUUGAUGAUUUAAAUUUAUUACUUGAAUAUUCAGCACAAGGAAAUGAUGAAUUUAUUGUACAAAAAUAUAUUGAAUCACCAUAUACCAUUGAAAAUACAAAGUUUGAUAUUAGACAAUUUGUUUUGGUAAAGAGUUUAAAUCCGUUAAUAAUUUUUAAAUUUAGAGAAUGUUAUCUUAGAUUCUGUUCAAUAGAGUAUUCAAAUGAUGAUUUAAAUGAUAGAUUCGUCCAUCUUAGUAAUUAUCAAGUUCAAAAAGAUUUUUCAAAAGAUAAAAAUAAAUGGUCAAAAGUUAGUAAUCAAUGGUCAUUGUCACAAUUUAAAGAUUAUUUAUCAGCUGAUAGUGAAAACAAAGUUCAAUGGGAAAAUGAAUUAAAUGAAAAAAUUAAGAAAUUAGUGAUUACAACCAUUAAAAGUUGGCCAAGAAAUGGUCAUAAUAAAGGUUCUUUUGAAUUAUUAGGUUUCGAUAUUUUAUUGAAUGAUCAAAUGGAACCAAUGCUAUUGGAGGUAAAUACAAAUCCUGGUUUACAUUUAUUAACUGAUAAUGUUAAGGUUCAUCAUAAAAUAGCUGUUGAUGAUUUAUUUAAAGUGGUUUUAGAUAAUCAAAAUCUAUGGUAUAAUCAAAAUAAUAAAGAUGAUCAUAAUCAAAAUUGGAUUAAAAAUUUAACAAAUCAACAACAAAUUGAUUAUUUUGGUCAAUGGGAACCAAUUUAUGUUGGUGAUUUUGAUAAAUCAAUUGAACAUUUAUCAAUAUCUAGACCAAAUACUCUUGUUAGUGUUGGAAAUAAAUAA